CUGGGGGUGGCUCCCCGGAGGGCGCCUCUGCGGGACCCGUCCCUGCGCACACGCACACUCGGGCCGCGGGCGCUUCGCUGCAGAAAGGUUGUUGGUCGGUCGAGGAGGACAGGACCCCGGGAGGGCAGGGGUUUACCCGCGGGCUGUGGGCGGGGCUGGAACUCCAGGCGUUUAGGGCGGGCCGAGGGGCGCCGAGUGAGUGCAGGGUUGGACCUCCUUUUGGUUUGAGAUGUUGGUAUUUUGUUCACCAUGGACGUUUGGGGGCAGUGACCGCUGUCGGCACUUUGUCAUCAACCAGCAGCGGGACCGGCGCUACCUGGUCUCGGGAGACACCUGCAGCCACAGCACCCUGGCUGACCUCGUGCGUCAUUACCAGGAGGUGCAGUUUGAGCCCUUUGGGGAGAUCCUGUCUGCUGCCUGCCCUCGGCUGGAGGACAACGAUCUAUAUGAUGCCAUCUCCCUGGGCCUCCAGCACACCAGUCUGGGCCUGGAAAAUCCACCUGCCUCAGCAUCGCUCCUGGUGGCCCCAGACAAGGCUACCAGCCCCUGGCCCUGCCUGAAGCCGCAGGUCCCCUUCCUUCACACCAAGAAGAGUCUGGAUGCGAGUUCCUGCAGCUUCUCUGAGGAGGCGGUCCCCGUCAGGGUGCCUCCCCUCCCUGAGAGGAGUGCCUCCCCUCCGAACGAGUCCUUUGGAAGCUCCAGCAACAGCAUCUACUCAGACCUGAGGAAGGUGAACCAGGCACGGCUGGGCCUGGGCGCAGAGGCAUCCGGCAGGCCCGGGCCAGCCCCAGCUGACAGCCAGCCCAGCUCCCCAGGCAAGGAGCCGCAGAGGACACUCUCGGCUGGAGGCCAGAACAGGCCUGAUGGCCCAGGGCCUGCCCUCUCUGGGGUGAGCCCUGAGCAGGGUCCUACGGUGCCUCCCAUGCCCUGGGGCCACCUCCUGCCCCCUGCUUCUGAGGCCCUGGGAUCCUCGGCUGCCCCCUGGAGCCAGGAGUCUCUGAAGCUGAGCCACAGGGCUCAGCCCUGCUCCCAGGGCAGCUCUGCAGACACUUUUGAGUUCCUGCAGACAGCAGGUCCCCCAUCAGAGCCCAGGGACGUGCCAGACCAAGAAGACAGUGCCUAUGCGCAGGUCCCAGUGUGCCGGGGGGGCCCAGCCAGGCCCUCGGGUCCUGGGACCAGUCCUCCAUCUAGCAAGCCGCCAGGACCCACAGACUACAGCUAUGAGAGGCUCUCAGGGGCCCCGGAGCUCCCCGAGCCCAGGAACACCUAUGAACAAACCCCAGCUGCCAGGAGCAAGGAGACUGGACGGACACACAAGCCUGACAAGUUCCGGAGGAUCUUCUUCACUGACAAGAAGCACAAGUCCUGAGCACCGGGCUUCCUCCCAGCAGCUCACCGGCUGGCCAGGCCCUCAUCCAGCCCCUCUGCGCUGCAGACGGGGAGACCAAGGCCCACAGAGGAGCGAGCCGCCUGAGGUCACGGUCAGCGCCUGAGCACACACCCCAAGCCUGGCUGCCUGGGGUCCGCCUGGGACGCACUCCUGGGUGUUUCUGGGGCCAGCCGGUGGGCACGGACUGCCCAUCGCUGUAUGACCAGGUCACUCUCCCCUGCCCUCUGCCUCCGCCAGUCUUGGCCCCGAGGGGCGGCUCUCAGACCGCUCCCAUGAGGCCCACACAGCAGCUCUGGACACGGGCACUCACGUGUCCGCUCUCCCUGGAUUCCCGUCCCCCAGGGUCCUUCCUGCUUUGUCCCACUUCCCCUCUUCCCUGCACGUCCCCACCUGUGGAUGGGGGAGCAGCUGGUGUGCGGCUCCCGCCUGGGCCUCCAGUCACUGGAGGUGGAAAACAGACUGACCGUCCCCAGAGAGAGCGCCGUGGCCCCCACCCCUCCUGCCCAUGUCCCCUGGCCCGGCUCACACCUGUGGGGGCAUCUCCCCUGGCAGCCUCCCCCCUGAAGAGCGGGGGAGAGCGCCCGCCUCCCAGGGGCCUCGUAGGACUGAGAACAGGGCAAGCAGCCCUGUGUCUGACUCGGGCCUAGGGCUCCGUAGAUUCUCACCACAAUCACCACUGUCAUGAGGGAAACGGGCAUGGUUCUCACCUAACGUCCCCUGUGGGGCUCACCUGGAGAUUCGGGGUGCCAAUGUGUCUCCCUCUUAAAAGCAUAAGCAUCGAGGGGCGCCUGGGUGGCUCAGUCGGUUAAGCGACUGCCUUCGGCUCAGGUCAUGAUCCCGGAG